AUCUGUUAGCUGCUUUUGUUCUCCCUAGGGGUUUAUAUCGCUAUAUAUUAUAUUCCCCUUGUUAUUUUUCUCCCCUGGGGUUUAUUUCCUCCCUUUUAGGUGGUGUAGUGAUUGUGCAGUGGUAUAGCUGUUUACCCUGCAUUCUUUUUCCCAGGUGCUUAUCCCUGUCAUUGCAGGCAUUUCCUACUUCAGUGUUCCCUGUUUUUUCUCCUAGUUUGCGCUCUGCGUUUUUUCCCCCUGGGACCUUCCCUCUGGGGGUCCUUGUGUUUUCUCCCUCUCCCCCCUUCUCCCCUGGGGAGUUUUGCUUGGGGGUCCCACUUUGGUUGUGUGCUCCGCUGGCCUUACCGCCAUUUUCUGCCUCCCGGUGGUGGGCCACGCCCCCCUCUUAGCGCGCGUCUUCUUCUCCGGAUCGGCAGCUCUUCUCCGCUGUUCGCGCGCUUUUGGCUGGCUGGAGCGAGAUCUCGCGAGAUCCGGCGGCCAUCUUGGUUCCCGUUCCCGCGAGAUCUCGCUUCCUCCGGUCUCCUGCGUGCCCUGCUGCCGGUCGACUGUGCUGCUGCUCUGCUCCUCUCUCUCCUGGGGUGAUUAACCCCUAGUUCCUCAGGCUCUUCUCCCUCACAGUUUUUUCCAAACUGCAGGUACCCUGUUCCCUGUGCUGGACCAAUAUGGAUCCCUCUGCCCAGUCAGCCCCCUCCCCCCUCCCUGGGGAUGCUAAUCUCACUGACUCAGACACACAGGCGCAGCUCAUCCAGCGCUCUGUGUCUAAUGCUAUUUUGCAGGCUAUGGGUUCCAUGUCCACAGUCUUAUCACAGACCAUCUCCCAGGCCCUGUCUGCACACCCCCUAGCUGGGGCCAGACUUGCUCCCUCUGAGAUUGCUCAGCAUUCUUAUGCUGCUGAACCUCCUGUUGGACAGGAGACAAUGACCGGUGUGUUGAUGACCACCCCAGACGACGCGCUGAGGUCGCGUAAAAGAGCUUGUCCCCGCCAGGCUGAUAAAUCGCGGGUGUGGAAAUGCGCUAGAGCGCAAGCCGAUUCCGACUCUGACUCGGAUCUGGUUUCGGGCCCAGAGGACCCGGCAGAGGCUAGUGAUUUUUCAGAGGAGGAUGACGCCCCUCGGGGGUCCGACCCUAUUGCCACUCCCCCUGCUGUUCCUUUAACUAAGGAUUCCUCCUCGGCCUCUGCUGACAAUUUCCCUUUGGAUUCCGCCGGGGCACCCAUGUUUGAUCCUGAGGCCCUCCACCACCCUAGAUCGGCGGAGUGGCUCCCCGACACACAAAUUAGUAAUUACCUGGAGCAUUGGGUCCGCCGUCCUCUGUCCAAGGAGGCGCGCAGUAAGCUGCGGGCCGAGUGCCCAAGGCCUAUUAUACCCCAUAAGGUCUGCGACACGCCCGUCGUGGACCCGAAAAUGACCCAAUUUUUAUCCAGGUCUGGGUGGAAUGCCAAGAGGGGUUUAGACUCAGCCCUUAGAGGAUGCCAGGACAAGCUCCUGGACAUUUUUGGUCCACUGGCAAAGAUAAUGGAAUUGGCGGAGUCCGCCAGACAAGAGGGUUCCCACAUUGACCCUGAGGAACUCACGGGCUGGGCCCAGCGGGCGAUUUGCAUCGCCGGGGGAACCAAUGCAUCCCUGUCAGUGGAAAGGCGCAAAGCCAUCCUUCUUAGGAUAGACCCCAAGCUUAUAAAUCUCGCCCAGACGGAGACGGGCAAAGAGGCGGAAGGCCUGCUUUUUGGGGAUUCAUUUAUAAAGGAUCUCAGCCGCUUCGUCGGCACAUUUUCCGCUCUGGACAAGGCGCAGGCAACUAUGCGCAAAGUCUUCCAGGGCCGGGUCUCUCACAGGGCCGGCAGCAACAGGGGCCGUCUGUCCGGCCGCUCCAGCACCCGAGGCAGGGGUGUAUCCAGAGGCUCCUUCUCCCAGCGAGCCGCAUUUCAAGACCAGCGGGCUCCCCCAACGUUCUUCUCAUCCAGAGGGGGACAAUGGCGCUCUCGUUCCUUCCGAGGAAACACGGCUCCCCGCAAGUCCUCCGGUAAGUCAGACCCCGAUCGGGGAUUCUUCGGUCCUUUGUGUAGGGGGCAGGCUUCGGCAUUUUUUACACGCUUGGGAACUAAUUACAUCAGACCCAUGGGUUCUGGCGACGGUCAGGGGCUUCUCCAUAGAACUCACAGACACCCCUUGCUCAGUGCAGCACCCACCGUCCUCUCUUCGGAGGGGAUCGGACUCCGCCCGGGUGGACGAGGAGCUCUCUUCCCUCUUCCUCAAGAGGGCCAUUGAGAGAGCUCACGGCCACUCAGGGGGAGUAAUAAGCAACAUUUUCUUGGUCCAGAAAAAAGGGGGUCAGAUGCGUCCCGUCAUCAAUCUCCGGGCCCUAAACAGCAUCGUACGGUACCGUCACUUCAAGAUGGAGGGAAUCCAUCUACUCCGGGACCUUCUCUCCCCCAGGGAUUGGCUCGUGAAGCUGGAUCUGAAGGACGCGUACCUUACGGUCUCGGUGGCCCCCCACUCCAGGGAUCUCCUUCGCUUCCUCUGGAAAGACGAGGUCUGGAGAUUCACAUGCCUUCCAUUCGGCUUGUCAUCGGCUCCUGGGUGUUUCACCAAACUCCUGCGUCCGGUCAUGGCCUGGUUGAGGAGUCGCGGAGUACGCCUCAUAAUAUACCUGGACGACAUCCUCCUGAUGCAUCAAUCCAGGUCGACACUGCUGCAGCACCUCCGAUGGACGGCGGAUCUCCUAGAGUCGCUCGGCUUCCUACUCAACUUGGAGAAGUCCUGGCUCACUCCCUCCCAGAGGUUGGACUUCCUAGGCUUCACAGUGGACUCGAUC